AUGCAGUUUUUAUUCCUCCUUUUGUGUUAUUAUAUAGCAAAUCAGCUGAAUUUGUCUUGAACUGUUUAAGAUAUGUGAGGAAAGAAGGCUGAAAGUCAUAAUGAAGUCAUGCUAAUGUAUAUAUGUAAUACUAAUUACAGGAAGAAGAUGUUUCAGUACCUCAAGAAGAACAGAGAGAGAGACUGAGAGAAACGAUGGUUAAAUCUAGAUGGAUUAAAAUGUCUCUGUUUUUUAUGCUUGUGUUUCAGUUUACAGGAGCUCUAAGUGGAGAACUUUGGCUUUUCUUUACUGUCAGAGACGGAGAUGAAGCCACUUUGCCUUGUGAAAAUGUCAUCAAGAAUCAGCACAGCUGUGACGCUACCACCUGGUUCUUCAGUGACUCACAAAGCACACAAACAGUAGAGCUUGCUGAUCUUGGAAAGAUCAGAGAAAAAGCCAAAUCAAACAGACUGAGUGUUACAGCAGACUGCUCACUGAUUAUAAAGAAGGUCACAGUUGAGGAUGUUGGUCGUUACACCUGCAGACAGUUUAGGAGGGAAUCAGAGACACAGGAAGGUCAGGAUGCUGUGGUUCUUCUGUCUGUUGUCAUCAUGACUGAACAGAAGAACACUGAUCAGGUGACUUUAAGCUGCUCUGUGAGGACAUAUGAACGCUGUAAACACAGAGUGAAGUGGAUCCAUAACAGUGAAGAUCUGAAUACACCUUACUCAAAUUUACAAACAUCACAGUCUCGCUGCUCUGCUACUGUGACCUUUCUGAACCUUGCAUACACUCACAUAUCAAGUUAUGACUUUAAGUGUAUUGUUACGACAGAAGAUAACAAAGUGCAGCUUUUUUCCUUCAGCCCUCGUUCAUCAGGUGAAGAAACAAACACAGCAACAACAAUUAAAAUAGACACAAUAACUAAAAAUACAACAAAAGAGCUGGAAAUCAUAAACGUGUCAACAAAAUUACCAGGUGAAGAAACAAAUAGGGCAACAAUUAAACUGGAAAUAAUGAUGGAAAAAAGCAUAAAAGUAGAUCUGACAGCAAAAGAGUUGGAGAUCACGGAUGGUUCGAGAAAAUUACCAGGCUGGUGCUGGUACAGACUCAGCGUUGUGUCUGUGGGUUUAGCAGCACUUAUAACAGCUGCUGUGGUCGUCAACAUCUGGAUACGAGCUGGGAAGAAAAAGCAGCGACGGAUGAAAACACGGUGUGUAGAUGAUGAUGGAGCAGGGAACUCUGGAAAUGUCCGAUCUUCUGCUGAACUUUGACCCUCCUGCUUCUGUCACAUCUCACUGAUCAGCUCAUCAGCAUGCUGUAUGUUUGCAUGAGGAGCAGAGCCUUUAAUAAAGAGACAGUUUGGACAACAAUCCUGAAACAUUGAUCCUGCUCAUAUUCAGGAGACCACAGUGACUUUGUGCCUGCAGCAGCUGUAAAAAGCUGCUUGUUUGGGCUUUUUUUUUUUUUUUUUUGGAGGUGACCUUUAUUGUUAAUUAGUUGAUGCCAGGCUAUUCCUACAGGGGGGGCUGAUUCAAGUCAGUUUAUGAGGACAUUUAAAACCAACACAUGCAGGUUAAAGUGCUGUACAGCUAAAAGAAGAAAAACUACAGAAAACCGAAGAAAACAAAUGCCAGGAGUCAGUCUGGUUUAGAUGCCGAGGAAUAAAAAGGAGGUUUUGAAGAUGACCUCAAUCUGUUUCUCAGUACAACAACAAACAUCUGAUCAGGUGACCUCAGUGAUGUUUUGGGAGUGUGCAUACUCACCAAUCAGAAAUCAUCAGCACAUAAAGUAUUUUAAUAAAACGUAACAUAUGUCACAUAAAGUAGUGCACAGCAGUGAGCCCUGUGGAACCCCACAGGUAACCCACAGCUUUAUUUAUUCAUACAGACUAAUAUCAACUAUUUAACCAUGAGUCCCUCUGAUACCAUCUGCAGUUUCAAAUGCCUUUUAAAAUUAAAUAUUCACCUCUACAAUGAUGAGAGGGCACACAGAGAGAAAUGAGGCUCAAAAUAAUGUUUUAAAUGUAUAAAAUAUGACCUAUAAAUGUAAACUCAUUUACACAAGUGUAGCGAUUUAUGUGUAGCUAUUUUGUAAAGGCGUGCAUCACCACCUGAAUAAA